AUGGAGCCAAUGGAUUAUCAAUCUCAAAACCCAACGUUGAUUAUACUAUCACCACAAAUUAAAAACGAUGAUGGAAAAGAAAAUAACAAUCAUCACCACCAUCAUCAACAAGAAAAUAGGAAAAAGGUUGGCGAAGAAGAGGAUAAUAAUAAUAAUAGUAGUAGUAGUAGUAAUGACAAUGAUGAAAGUGAUGAGGAUAAUGAUGAUAGUAAUGAAAAUGAAGAUACAGAACAUCAUUUACAUAUCGAUACCUCACCUUCAAUUCAUCACGAAGAGUUAGUCACAGAUACGGAUACAUUAAAAAAACAAAAACAACAACAACAACUUAAUAUUGAACAAGAGCAAGAAGUUGAAUUAGAAGAUAACAUUACACCUUAUGAUCAAAAUGGUACACCAAUUGAUCAAUUGCAACAACAAGUUGAGCAAGAUUGUCAACAACUUCAAGUUAUAGAUGUUUUAGUUCCCUCCACUGAACAAUCUCAAGAGAGAAGAAAACAACAAGAACAAUCACAACAGCAACAGCAACAAACACUACCACAAUCACAACCACAACAACAACAACAACAACAACAACAACAACAACAACAACAACAACAACAACAACAACAACCACCACCACCACCACCACCACCACCACAACAACAACAACAACAACAACAACAACAACAACAACAACAACAACAACAACAACAACAACAACAACAACAACAACAACAACAAGAGCAACAAGAACAAGAGGAAGAAGAACAUCAAGAAGAACAUCAAGAGGAGCACCAAGAACACCAAGAAGAGCAUCAAGAAAUUCAAGAAAUUCAAGAGAUUCAUGAACAUCAAGAACAUCAUGAGUUUUUAGAACAUGAGCAUCAACAUGAUAUUGAAAUGGAUGAAAGUGAAUUACAUCAUCAUCACCAUCAUCAAGAGAUUUUAAAUCAAACUCAAUCGCCACAAGCAGAGCAUCUUCAUCAUCAUCAUGGAAUGAUUCCAGUUUAUCAAAAGAAAUGUUGUAAUUGUGAAUGUGAUUGUGGUCAAGUAUUAUUGAAUACAGUAUCUGAUGUAGUCAAUGAAAAGAUUGGCGGUGUUUGGGAUCAACUUCAAAAACUUUAUCAUCAAAAUCAACGUUUAGAAGAUAUGUUAACCUCUGUAAUUCAUAUAAGAUAUCCAGAAUUAAAAAGAAAAAUGAUGGUACCAAUUUCAAUACCAAAUCCUCAACCAUUAAAUAAUAAUUUAAAUUUAAAUCAUAAUUUAAAUCAUAAUUUAACUCAUAAUACAAACAAUAAUUUAAAUAAUGUAAAUGAUCCAAGUGUAAAUAGAAUUUCAAAUAAUAAUAAUAAUAAUAAUAAUAAUAAUAAUAAUAAUAAUAAUAAUAAUAAUAAUAAUAAUAAUAAUAAUAAUAAUAAUAAUAAUACAGCCUCUAUAGCUACAAAUGCAACUCCAAUUGUUGUUGGUGGUACUAAUACUAAUAAUAAUAAUAAUAAUAAUAAUAAUAAUAAUAAUAAUAAUAAUAAUAAUAAUAAUAAUAAUAAUAAUAAUAAUAAUAAUAAUAAUAAUAAUAAUAAUAUGAAUAAUAAUAAUAGCAAUAGUAAUAGCAAUGGCAAUGGCAAUAGUAAUAGCAAUAGCAACAGCAAUACUAAUAAUAAUACUAAUAAUACUAAUACUAAUACUAGUAAUAAUAAUAAUAAUAAUAAUAAUAAUAAUAAUAAUAAUAAUAAUAAUAAUAAUAAUAAUAAUAAUAAUAAUAAUAAUAAUAAUAACAAUAAUACUAAUACUAAUAAUAACACCAAAACUAAUACUAAUAAUAACAAUAGUGGUAACAUCAACAACAAUAGUAGCAAUAGUAAUAGCAAUAGUAACAGCAAUAGCAAUAGCAAUAGCAAUAGCAAUAGUAAUAGUAAUAGUAAUAGUAAUAGUAAUAGUAAUAGUAAUAGUAAUAGUAAUAGUAAUAGUAAUAGUAUUAGUAUUAGUAAUAGUAAUACCAAUGGCAAUAGCAAUAGCAAUAGCAAUAGCAAUAACAAUAACAAUAACAAUAACAAUAACAAUAACAAUAACAAUAACAAUAACAAUAGUAAUAGCAAUAGCAAUAACAAUAGCAAUAGUAAUAGCAAUAGCAAUAGCAAUGGUAAUAGUAAUGGUAAUAGCAAUAGCAAUGGUAAUAGCAAUGGUAAUAGCAAUAGCAAUAGUAAUAGUAAUAGUAGUAGUAAUAAUAAUAAUAAUAAUAAUAAUAAUAAUAAUAAUAAUAAUAAUAAUAAUAAUAAUAAUAAUAAUAAUAAUAAUAAUAAUAAUAAUAAUAAUAAUAAUAAUAAUAAUAAUAAUAAUAAUAAUAAUAAUAAUAAUAAUAAUAGUAAUAAUAAUAAUAAUAAUGGUAGCAAUGUUAGUAACAACAAUAAUAACAACAAUAAUAAUAAUAAUAAUGUAUCAAUAGUCAGUCAAAAUAUAGAUGAAAUUCAAGUCUCAUCUACUUCACAAAGUCAAUCAUCACAACAACCAAACUCACAAACAACACAACCACAGAUUCAAGUGCAACAACAACAACAAACACAACAGUCAGUCUCACAAACAACACAACAACAGCAACAACAACAACAACCAACCUCACAAACAACACAACCACAGAUUCAAGUGCAACAACAAUUAGUUCAAACUCAACAACAAAUAAUACUACAACCUCAACAACAAAUUAUAAAUACAACAUCAUCACCAAUGCAUAUGGUUUAUCAAUAUCAUCCAAGUGGAAACCAUCACCAUGAGUUAUUAGAACAAGGAUCACCAGGUGAUUACUCAUAUUCAGAUGAACAACCAAAAAAGAGAAGAAGAAUUUAUUCACAAAAUAUAUCAAAUAAAAUCAAUAGAAUAUUGGAACCAUUAUUUGACAAUGGUUGGGCACUUCAAAAAGAUCAAGAGAGAUUAUUUGGUGACCAAAUCUCUCAAGGAAUCAAUGUAGACAUCACUGAAGGUAUUGCAAUCGUUAAACAAUUUUGGCAAAGAUCAAGAGGUAACUCAAAGAGAUUAUUUACUCAAUUGGAUGAUUAUAGAAUUGGUUUGGAAUAUUUGGAGAAAGAGGACCCAAUAUCGAGAGAGAUUUUAAUUAGAAGAUUUAAAUUUGAAGAUUCUGAUAUCAUAAAGAAAGACUAUGAAGAGGUUACAAAGAUAUUAAGAGAUAUGAAUUCAAAGGGUAGUGGUAGAACCUCAAUAAAGAAUAAAAAAGCUUUGAAAAAGUUACCUGAAACUCCAAUUAAAACUUUCAAAGGUAGAGCUGCUGCACUUUGUAAUCAUUUCUUUCAUUAUGCUCAUAAUAAUUUAAAUAAAGAAACUUUGGAAUUAAUUGAUCCUGAAUUUUUAUCAACUCCUGAAAUUGAAGAAAAUUUAAAAAGAUAUUAUAUAGAACUAACUCAACGACAACAACAAUUACAACAACAGCAACAACAACAACAACAAGCUCAACAAUUUCAACUACAACGAUUUCAACAACAACAACAACAACAACAACAACAACAACAACAUCAUCAACAACAAUUACAGCAUCAUCAUCAUCAACAACAACAACAACAACUAACUAUUGAAAGAUCAUCUUCACCUGGUUUAGCUAAUAGUGAUGGUGAUCAAGAUAUGGGUGGUGAACAUCAAAAUCACCAUCAUCACCAUCAUGAUGCUGGUUCUGUCCAAGAAUAA